AUGAAUUUCUUUGCAGCCACGCUUCCUCCGCCACCGCAGAGAGACUUGUACAGCUGUGCCUUGCAUCUUCACAAGGAGCUCAAGCGGGCAAACGUCCCUUACUAUUUCUGCGGUGGCUUCGCGUGUAUCAAUGUUGGUAUGACGGCACGCACAACUUCGGACAUCGACAUCGCCGUCCCAAAUGGCGCCCAUGGUUACGGCACGCUCCUCGAUAUUUUCUCGAAGCCUCCAUUUAUCCAGGAUAAGACGGGUGUUUUGCCUUCCGACUCUCAGUAUUUCUUCGCAGAAUCAGGGGGCACUUUCGUCGAGGUAGACGGCAUCAUAGCUGGAUUCAUGGCAUUUCCUACCCUGGACCAAGCCGGAAUCGUGCGACUAGGCCAACAAAUGCAGUUGAACUUUCUUGAUCCAGAUGGCUUGCUGAGGCUGAAACUGAGUGGUUGGGCAAACGAGACCCGGCGAAAAGGGGCUAAGAGAUAUGGUGACAUGCAAGAUAUCAGAUCAAUCAGAGAUCUGCUCAUCACUGACAAGGUUCAGCUAGACUUGAAGGGCCUGAAGAGUGAUAUGGCUAAGGGAUUAUCAGAGUGGAUCCGAGAGUUUAAUGAUCUAAAAACAUGGCAACAGCUGGAUGGAAGAUAUAAGAACUGA